AGGGGAGUAAUGAGAAAUUGGAACAAAUAAUUUGCUAAAUAUGGUCUGUUCGUAAUUUUUCAGACAAUUAUGUAUAGUUAAUCUGUAGAAUAACCAGCUCUGCAGAUCCCUUCCCUUCGACUCACUUGACGGGAGUAGCUGACACAAUCUCGGUUGACACCGGAGGACAUCUCUGGAGAUGUCUCAUAUGCCAGCCUGACACUCACUACACUCCUGACCACAACUGUGCUAACACCGCUGUUGCUGUCAAACCGACCUUAGCACAUUUAUAACAUAAUUGACACGCGGUCAUCAUAACUUGAUUCUUAACACAACUUGUAAAGUUAAUUUGCCCCGAACCACUUGAUACACUCGACCUUUCAACGCAUCCACCGCUUCCUCAACUUUGCGAGACUACUAUGCUGUGAGCUGAAAGUAAAAGGUGUCUAGCAGCAUGCAGGAUGGGCUCGUACGGUGCUGGGAUUAUCUGAAAGAACUACAAGCGCGAUGCCAAGACUCCCGCAAACUCAUCCUCGUGAUAGUCGCCAUUGCGCUGCUACUCGACAACAUGUUGCUCACUACGAUAGUGCCAAUAUUUCCGACAUAUUUGUACGAGUUGAACCACCCCGACGAAAUCAUAGACACUGGUCAGGAAGUGGAACAUAUCACCACCACCAUCGCCACCACCACCACAACCACCACGUCACCACCACGUCUCAGCGAGCGGUCCUAUCAUCAAUCAUUAGACACUGGUGGAAGCACAUAUGGGGACGGCCUCCUGAGGGAGAUCGUCCCCGAGGACCUGAGGUGCCCGCCCUGCCCCUGUAAGCCUCCUGACGAAGGCGGGGACGGAGACCUGCACGGCGCUUGGCUCACCGACAGGGAAGACACCCAACAACUUGAUUUUACGGCGUCACCCGCCCCCACAACGGUAGUCCAGAACAGUACAGCUGAGCCCCAGCGUAAGCUCCACGUCAUGAACGACGCCGACCUCAAGAAAGAGAACAUUCCUUUGGGCCUCAUGCUCAGUGCUAAGGCAUUCACACAGCUCGUUACCAACCCCUUCAUCGGACCUCUCACUUAUCGAAUCGGAUACAGCAUUCCAAUGUUUGCCGGAUUCGUCAUCAUGUUCGUAUCAACAAUAAUUUUCGCGUUUGGCAACAGCUACGCCGUUCUCUUCAUCGCUCGAGCUCUGCAAGGUGUCGGCUCUUCUUGCUCCUCUGUUUCAGGUAUGGGCAUGCUGGCCGAGUGCUACCCAGACGACAAGGAGCGUGGUAAUGCCAUGGGCCUGGCGCUGGGGGGACUAGCCCUGGGGGUGCUCAUCGGGCCGGCGUUCGGUGGUAUCAUGUACGAGUACUUCAACAAGACCGUCCCUUUUCUAGUGCUUGCCUUCCUCGCCCUUGGGGACGGACUGCUACAACUUCUCGUCUUGAAGCCCAAAGUUCGACCUCAAGAGAACAGGGCUCCCACCCUCAAAGAACUGAUCCAAGACCCUUACAUUCUGGUAGCAGCUGGCGCUAUCACGUUCGCCAACAUGGGCAUCGGAAUGCUGGAGCCUUCACUGCCUAUAAGAAUGAUGGACAUAAUGGGGUCGUCUAAACUGGAGCAAGGCACAGCAUUUCUACCGGCUUCAAUAUCUUACCUAAUUGGAACAAACCUCUUCGGUCCUCUCGGUCAUAAGAUGGGCAGAGGUCUCGCUUCCUUCCUGGGGCUCAUGCUCAGCGGCUUAAGUUUGAUUUUAAUCCCCAACUGCACGACCAAGUGGCACCUGAUUUUCCCCACGGCUGGACUUGGGUUUGCAAUCGGAAUGGUGGACUCUUCAAUGAUGCCUGAGCUUGGAUAUUUGGUUGACUUGCGUCACUCUCACAUUUACGGCUCAGUCUACUCUAUUGGAGACGUCGCAUUUUGCCUCGGCUUCUUCCUGGGUCCUGCCCUAUCUGGAACGCUGAUCGAAAAUAUCGGUUUCGACACAAUGUUCUACGGCAUGGGUGCCGUCAACUUCUUGUACGCGCCCCUCAUGUAUUUCUUGAUUAACCCACCACCGCGCUACGAGGAAACAACGAUGCAGAAGUCGUCGAGGGACCCUGAGAACAAUACCGAAAAUUUUGCUAUGGAAACCAUGAGAAUCAGAGGCUUAAAUUAAGCCUGCAGGCCUUUGCCACCAUCGAGACCUACAGUGAACCAUUAAAUGAACAGAGAAUUAGAUGACUUCAACAUGGAUAUGGUGAAGUUGUGAGUCAUCAACAUGAAUUUUCUUACCGGGAAUAGAGCCAAGUAUAGUGUUGGACAAGCUGGACGACAGUACUUAGGUGAUUGAAAAUCUCCUGCUUGUGUUUCUGCGUACAAUUUGAAGGCUCUUUUCAAACGUAUUUUUACAGUGUCUGUUAUCGAACCAUUCGAUUAACUUUGCAGACAAUUUUUUUUCACUCGGCGUGAAGAGCCCGGGGAAAUUAAUUCUGUUAAAUGUAGGUCAUGCCUAUUUCUAACACAUUCCAUGAACACCGUUGUGUUCAUAGAAGGUGCAGCUGAAAUAAUGAAGCAGGUAUAAGUUUCAGUCGAGGUGAAGACUGAUGCCGUUUUGGUUUUCAAUAUUUAGAGAGUCAUACUCUGACGAGUCGCCUCUCCUCACAUUGCUGGUCCUUCUGUGAGAGCAACAAUUGCUUAGUCACUUCUAGAUGCGCUUUCUAUUUACAAGAUAACGACUGGGUCUUAAAAUACCUUGAUAGCUAACAUGAAUAGUGUUUAGUGUUGAAACGAGAUUUCUGAAGGCGUUUGGUUGAUUUUUCGAUGAAAUGACUUGUUGAGAAAUACGUACCGCAGAUAUGGAAGAAGGAAAAGCUGCUUCACGUCCCCAUAUGCUUGAACUAAAGAAAUAUUUUGAACUCAUCGGUGACACUAAAGAAUAAAUAUAAUGUAUUUAUUGGCUGAAAAUGGUCUUAUAACGUUAUAGAUAUGCAAUUUUUUAAAUCAUGGCAGUAAAGCCGACGGUUGAAUGGCUGCAAACGUUGGCUUCCGCUGUGCAUGCUUAUCCAAAGUCAUCUGGUGACGAGAAGCAGUGUUGCGCGGGUUGUUGGUCCACUGCGGUGAAGAUUACGAGAUGGACGAGAGAUAGACAACGGUGAAAGGUGUUUGUGACGAGUGGAUUAACCAGUAGAGUUAUGUGACCGAUGCUUGUUUCUUCGAAACAGUGGUGCAGAUGAGCUUAAUGAUGGUAUGGCUUGGAUAUUGGAAUCGAUAUGAAGAGCUACUUGCCUCACUGGUAUGAUACUAUUGCAUGAAACAAUGCAGAAUUUGUUGGAAAACGAAUUGACAAAUUUUUCGUAAAAUUGUACGUUUCUCUUUAAAAGGCCAAGAAUUGUUGUUUUGAAAUGCUAUUCCCUUUGAAAAAGCUACUUCAAUCAAUCAAAUUAGCAACAAUUUAUUUAAUAAAUCAGCUGUUUCCAUAUUGAUGACAUAUGAUGAUAUAGGUAUAAUAUGGAGCUCAUCCGUAACUAUAGUCAUCAAAGAGCUUAAGAUCAUGAAUGCUGUAUGCUCACAAGAAAGGACUGGCGUGUGACAUAGUGGUGACUCAUUAGAAGUACAACGGGAAUAAUUUUAAUUCCGAAUCUUUCAUUUGGAGUCUUAUGCAUUUAUGCUUCCGGCGACAGCAAGCCGUUUUACUUUUUUUUUUAUCAGGAGAACAGCAAUUUUGUUAAUGUACGUAAUGUACUGGCAUUCAUUCCUAAAUGCAUCUGGCAAUGUUUGAUUAACCUUAUUCUGCCAAGAUGUAUUUUCGAAUUUCAAAUUUAUUGAAAUGACAUGGAGAUAAAUAUUUUUGUGAACAAUUCUAAGACCUUGAAAUGCUUUUAGCAGAGGUCACUGUAAGGAAGAAGCGAAAGACCUCUUGUUAAUCUUAUUUCCAGCCGCGGAGUCUCAAACACAUUCGUCAGUAUUUAAGCAUGCUGCUUGUAGUUGUGUUACCUGUGAUCGAGUUGUCAUGUACCACUUGUCUCUAUAAUAUA